ACAGCGCUGAUCGAGUUGAAAACUAUUUGCUAGACCGACCGUUGCCGACGCCACAAACACAAAUUCGAUGUGAAUACCAAUAAAAAACAGAUUGGCGUAAGAAUCAAUUUAUAUAUACACAUAUAUAUAUAUAGUUCAAUCAAGCAUUUAACGCGUGUGUUUUCAUAUUGUUAUGGUUUAAUAUUAAACGCUUAAUUCAAUGCAAUAAUUGUGCCUAUGCGUGUGUGUGUGUGUGUGGCUUUGUGUGUGUGUGUGUGACGCUGGAAUGUCAACUGACAAGUUAUAAAGGGAAACCCUGAAAAUCAAAUCAAAGUAAAAUCAAACAUAACAAAAGAUACAAAUAAAUUAAAAAUAUAACACAAAAAAAAAAAAUUAAAAGACUCUCCUAUGUGAAGUGCGCUUAUAAUUUGCAUAACAACAAAAACAACAACAACAACAACAACAGAGCAGGCGAAGCUUGUUUCAAACAAGAGAAUUAAACGCUUUGUGCGCUUCACUUUGCAUUUUUUAUUUUGGCAUUUGUUGGUUUGUUGUCACUUGGAAAAUAUGUGGAUUACUGUGCCGUCAGCAGAAACCCCAACAACAACAACUGCAACAACAACACGAGCACGCUGCAGAAGCGAGCGCGUGAAUAAAUUCAAAGUUUGCCAGUGAAUCGAACAGCAAACGAGCGGCAACAGCUACAAACACAAUAAAAAUAAUAAUAACAAGAAUAACGCAGUGCAAAUGCUUAAUGUAUCUGACAGAUACGUUACUGGUGUCAAGUCAAGUGCCUUGGCAGCAACGGCAACAACAACAAUAACAAUUACCAAACUGCAACGCUGCUUGCAACGCCUGGAAUGUGGCAAUAAAAUUUUUAACAAAAACUUUAUCUAUUUUUUAUACAAUUAUCGCAAGCGAAAAGCGCAUGCAACAAAUUCUGAUUACACACAACAACACUCUCUUGCUCUCUCACUCGCACACUUUACAAACGAUAAACUGUUGCUGAGAGAUUAUCAGGCGUAUUGACAAAGCGUGAUUUAUUUUUUGUUAACUGCAACUGCAACAGCAGUAGCAACAGCAGCAACAACAGUGGCCUGCCACUUAAACAGCUGUAAAUUGUGCAAAUAUCUAGAGGGUGAUAACACACACUAAAAAGAACUCGAACUACACAAAUAUCGUAAAUUCAUUAAACGUAAAGUGUCAGAUACAUUCGAUAUAUACAUAUCAACCCCGGGGGCAAUCGAUCAAAAUACGCGGCUUAGAAAUUAAUAACUCAAGCAACAGCAGCAACAGCAAAAUAUAAAGCAACGACAUUUAAGUAGAUCCAAGAUACGACAACAUAGGAAACUUUAUAAGACUGAGAGUUGCAAGCGACCAUGCGCGCAUGGCUUCUACUCCUCGCAGUGCUGGCGACUUUUCAAACGAUCGUUCAAGUUGCUAGCACCGAGGAUAUAUCACUGAGAUUUAUCGCAGCAAUAGCGCCGACAACAACAGUAGCGGCAGCAGCUAUAAUUACAACAACGACAACGACGGCGGCAACAACAACUGCAACAUUGAAAGCCAUAACAAAUACUGAAACUAAUACAACGACUACAGCAUUAGCUAAAGCAUUUAAGCCAUUUAACGAGUUACUACUCAACAAAAGCAGUGAUAGUGAUAAUAACAAUUACAAUUACAAUAACAACAACAACAACAACAGAAAUAAACAUAGUAAAAGUGCUGAUUACAAACAAUUUAACGAAGUGCAUAAAACAAGAACAGACCAAUUAGAAAAUUCCAAAAAUACACAUAACAAUAAACAUCGUUUACAUCAUAAACAUAAUCAUAAUCAUAAUAAACACAAAAAACACAACAACAAAUUCAACAAAAUGGCCAUCAAGGAGCAGCAGCCACAAAAGCCAACCACAGAAUCUCAAUCCGCCAUUGCAGAUGUCUUUGUGCAAUCAACGACUGCACCCGCUCCUCCAGCCCUUCCAGCUCCCCCCGCUCUAGCUGUCUUGAGCUCCACCAGCAGCAGCAGCAGCAGCACAGACAACACAGACACGAAUUAUGAUUCGUCGGAUCGUGUGCUGGGAGAAUUCGAAAUGCCGGGCGUUGCGGAUGCGACCAUUGUGGAGAGCGAACCGGCCACGUACAGCAGCAAGGAGAAAAUUCAAAAUAAAGUGAAACCAGAUCCAUCAACUCUAGUCGAAAUCGAAAACAGUCUACUUUCGCUCUUCAACAUGAAGAGGCCGCCAAAAAUUGAUCGAUCCAAAAUCGUCAUACCGGAGGCAAUGAAGAAGCUCUACGCCCAAAUAAUGGGCCAUGAAAUUGAUUCCGUGAAUAUACCCAAGCCGGGACUAUUAACCAAAUCAGCGAAUACAGUGAGAAGUUUUACACAUAAAGAUAGUAAAAUCGACGAUCGGUUUCCACAUCAUCAUCGGUUUCGGCUGCACUUCGAUGUGAAGAGCAUACCCGCCGAGGAGAAGCUGAAGGCUGCCGAGCUGCAGCUGACGCGCGAGGCGCUCAGCCUAAGUCAGGCGGUGAACCGCACCCGGUACCAGGUGCUGGUCUAUGACAUCACGCGCGUGGGCGUGCGCGGGCUGAGGGAGCCCAACUAUUUGCUGCUGGACACGAAGACAGUGCGUCUGAAUAACACCGAGACGGUGAGUCUGGACGUGCAACCGGCCGUUGAUCGGUGGCUGGCUACACCGCAAAAGAACUACGGCCUGCUGGUGGAGGUGCGGACGAUGCGCUCACUGAAGCCGGCGCCGCAUCAUCAUGUGCGCUUGCGCCGCAGCGCGGACGAAGCGCAUGAGGAUUGGCAGCAUAAGCAGCCGCUGCUGUUCACCUACACGGACGAUGGGCGGCACAAGUCGCGCAACAUACGCGAUGUGAGUGGUGGCAGCGGCGGCGGCGGCGGUGGAAAUGGCGGCAGCAGACCUCGACGGCAUCCGAAGCGUACGGCGCGACGCAAGAAUCAUGACGAGAUCUGCCGGCGGCAUUCGCUCUAUGUGGACUUUCAGGAUGUGGGCUGGAGUGAUUGGAUUGUGGCGCCGCCGGGCUAUGAUGCGUACUAUUGCCAUGGCAAGUGCCCGUUCCCGCUGGCCGAUCAUUUGAAUUCCACGAACCAUGCGGUUGUGCAAACCUUAGUCAAUAAUAUCAAUCCAGGGAAGGUACCAAAGGCGUGCUGUGUGCCCACGCAGCUGGAGGGCAUCUCGAUGCUCUAUCUCAAUGACCAAAGGACAGUUGUGCUCAAGAACUAUCAGGACAUGACAGUGGUCGGCUGUGGUUGUCGAUAAACAUAGAAAGUCGACAGCAGAAGAACUACUAGCGAACUAGCGAAAUGCGAAUGCGAAACUGAGCGCGAAUGAGCGAAAGAGAGAGCAUGAGAGAAAGAGCAUCAAAUGCUGUUUGGUUCCAAGCCGUCAAUGCUUUAAACACAACGCAAACAAAAUGGACUGAAUAUUUGAAUUUUAAGUGUAAAUCGUAGACUUUAAUUGUAUGUAGAGCGAUCCACGCCCCCCUUUGAUACCACACCGCCUCCCACAAAUAGUAGCAGCAGCAGCCGCCGCCUCUGUCACUUUCCACAGCCAGGCUUUGGAAAUGUUGCACAGAGCUCAAAAGACGCGACGCCGUAUCGAACUGUAUAUAGCCGCACCCAGAAAAUCAAUAAGCGCAUCCCCCGCCCCUUUCCAGCAACGCAACUCCCCCUCAAGCGGUCGUCGCUGUCAACGUGGUCGUCGUCGUCAUCUCCUGCAGCCAUAGCAGUCAACAAAAUGCCAUAGACCGCACUCUGAGAUACUUUUGUAACUAGCAGCACGCAUCGCUGCAUUGAACAAAUUUGUAUAAAAGCUAAUGCUAAGCUAUAAUUAUUGGAGAGAAGCUCAGCGAUCGGGCCUUCUCUCUCAAACUAAUUGUUAAUAACUAAUAAACUGUAAAUUAAAUCAAGCAUACCCAUAUGCAUAUGCGUACAUAUAUAAAACAAAUAACAACAAACU